UGACUGCCUGAGUGAUGAAAUUGGGAAUAAUUCCAACACUCCACUCCACACUUGGACCUUCUUAAGCAUAAGGAAGCUUUUCUUCUUCAUUACUGUUUCUAGAAUUAGAUGAACAUGAUCAGGUCUAUAUCUGUUAAUGUUGGAGAAGCUUUUCUUCGUCCUUGUUUUCAUGGCAGCACUUUAAUCAAGCUUCGUCCUCUUCAUUUUCAUGGCAGAUCCUCAAGUAAGCUUCUCCAUUUCUCUAUUCCUUUUCCCUUUUUCGAUUUCACUUUUCCCCUGCUCAAUUCGCCCUCUUUUCACCUUUCUUUUCGAUAUUACACCAAUUACGCUACUGAGGACUUUGAUUCUGAUUAUGAUGACCCCAAAUUGUUUCUGAAAUUUGUUAGACAACAAUCCAAAUUAGGGUUUACUAAUGUCGAAAUCCCCCUUUCCCAUUUCCACCAUAUGAUAUCGAUGCGCCCUCUUCCUUGUAUCAUUGAUUUCUGUAAGUUAUUGAGUGCCAUGUCCAAGAUUAAACCCCACCCCCCUUUCUCCACUGUCAUUUCUCUUUUUAGGCAGCUCCAUUUCUUGGGUCUUCGUCCAAAUAUUUACUCCCUUACCAUCCUUGCUAAUUGCUACUGUCGUUUGAACUUUGUUGAUUUCGGGUUUUCUGUUCUCGCCAACAUUAUUAAGCUUGGUUAUCAGCCUGAUAUUGUCACCUUUACUACUCUCAUUAAUGGCUUCAUUCACUCUAAUCAAUUCAACAAAGCCGUUGAUUUGUUGGAUAAAAUUCUCAAGCUUGGCCUCCAACCCACAUUAGUCACUUAUGGUUCUAUGUUCAAAGGUCUUUGUAGGUCCGGUGAUAAUGCCGGUGCUCUCAAACUCCUCAGAAAUACGGAGUCUUAUGGCCAUUGUAUGCCUGAUGUUGUCAUAUACAACACCAUCAUUGAUAGUCUAUGUAAAGACCAGUUAUUACCUCAGGCUUUAAGCCUUUUCAAGGAGAUGAAAGUCAAGGGAAUUUCCCCUAAUGUUGUCACCUAUAAUACCUUAAUUCGAGGUAUGUGCACUUUGGGGCAACAGAAAGAGGCUCAAGAAAUGUUGACUGAGAUGUUGAGGAACAACAUAACUCCUAUUACUGAGACCUACAACAUGUUGAUUGAUAUGUAUUGUAAAGAUGGCAAGGUUGGUCAAGCACGGGACAUUUUUGUUCACAUGACCGAGAGAGGAUUUGUUCCCGAUGUCAUCACUUACAAUGCUUUGUUAGAUGGAUGUUGUUUACGUGGUGAGAUGGAUGACGCGGAAAACCUUAUGGAUUUGAUGGUUGAAAAUGGUUGUAAACCUGAUGUAGUUACUUACAACAGCUUAAUCAAUGGCUAUUGCAAGUCUAAAAAGAUUGACAGAGCUCUUUGUCUGCUCCAAGAGAUGCAUUUUAACAGAUUAACCUCUGAUGUUAUCACGUACAACAUUCUUAUAGAUGCCUUGUGCAAAGAUAGUCAGCUCAAGCGUGCACACCAGUUUUUAUACGAAAUGGAAGCUCAUGGACUAAAGCCAGAUGUAGUGACUUGGAAUUCAUUGCUUGAUGGCAUGUGUAAGAAUGCACAAAUUGACGAGGAAAUUGCAACAAUGAAGGAAAUGGAGAGUACUGGAGUCGUCCCUAAUAUUGUUACAUACAAUAUCCUAAUAAAUAGUUUGUGUGAAGCUAAUCGCCUUAGAGAAGCGGUGGACAUCUUUUCCUUUCUCGCAACUAAACGGCUGCAUAAUGUGCGUGCUUACAACAUAAUGAUAAAAGGGUUUUGUAAAGAAGAGUUGCUAGCAAAAGCCGAUGAAUUAUUGAAGAAUAUGGAGGACAAUGGAUUCUUUCCAGAUGAAUGCACUUUCAAUACAAUUAUUAGAGGAUUUAUAGAUGGAAAGGAUGUUAGGAGAGCUUUAGAGCUUAUCAGCUUAAUGAGAAACAAAGAGUUUGCUGCUGAUAACCACACUAUAUCGUCUUUUGUGAGCUUACUUAAUGAUCCAAAUAUUGGUGAUGAAGACAAGGAAUUACUGAAAAAGUUUUCGGGAAAUUGAGCGAGUGAUAACAAGGAAUAGUGGAAGGAGCAAUGACUGAAACAUAUAAUCAGACAAAUCAACUGGAAGAGUAUAGUUAGCUGCUAGAAUUUGUCUUGGACUCUUAGGUGCUUGGAGGUGAUUGUGUGUUACUAGCAAUACGAUCUAUAGCAGCAAGAUUUGUUUUUAGUACUUCUUUGAGCCAAGGAUCGGCGAUUCAUUCCAAUGGCAGUGACAAGCAUCUGCUAUCCCUAUGUCAGGUAGCUAGGAUAAAAUAGCAGUCCCAAGCCUCCAAUGCCCAGGCUAGGUUUAUGUACUCACUGAAUUAUUGACAUACUCCGUGUUCAAUCAGGUAAUUUUACUUAUGUUUUCUGCAUUUUGAUCCUUUUUUUUUAUUUAACGUUUGACUUUUGCAUUUCGUUGUUGCUUGUUUAUUUGAUCGGAUUGGAUUGUUGUUUAUUUCUAUCAAUCGUUUCUUUGUUUAAUGCUGCAUUUUUUUUCUUCUUUUUUUUUCAAUUCUUUGUUUCCGUAGUAUUUAAGAAUUGGUGAUUGCCGUUAGUUAAAAUUAAGUGCUGUGAGUGAUUAGGGGUUUUAAGAAAUGGAUAGCUUCAAAAUGAAGCUAGUUGACAUGAUGAUGAUGAUGAUGAUGUGUUUAUGUUUGCAAUUACAAGCAUUAUAGAAGUAUUUGGUGGUAGAUAAGGUUGAAUAUGCUCACUGUGUAUACGAAUAUGGUUAGAUAUUAAAGUGACUGAAAGAGAGUGAACCAAUGGACUCUUUUGUACUAUAUUCUGUGAAUGAUGGAGAAUAAACCAAUGGACUCUUUUGUAUGAAGGCAGUGGUCUUUCAAGGGGUUUAAAUUUCUUUAAAAGGUUAAAAAAUAACAAAAAGGGUAAAAUGUACACCUAUAAGAUUCUCAAUUUUUUUGGUGUUCUACCCGGUUUACCCUUUGGGCUAAUCCGGAUUUGGGAAUCAGUUCUGGGUGGUUAGGUUCCAGUCCCCUCUCAAUUGUUGUUGUGUGGGAGAUUGAACACGGGUCCUCCCUACCAAGUGUAGUCCCAAUCACCACUACACCAACAUUCAAUCGGUUAUAAGAUUCUCAAUUUGAAGGUAAAGAAUAUGUGUAUUCAUUAGAAUUUGGGAUCUUUUUUUUUCUGAUCAUUUCCCAAAUGUAUGCUCAUCAAAUUUUAUGAACUAUUUUGAGAUGAUUGAUUUGCUUAAUAUGCCCCCUUCACAGGUUCCAUAGUGAUGUUUUCGCCAUGUAUACAAUGAUAUCCUUUAGCAAAGGAAGGAAACUUCUCUAAAAUCCAGCAGAUUGGCGUGGCUUGCUUUUGCUGGUCUGGAACUUGGAGGAAAAGAGGGACUGGACUUGAAAUAUAAAAUGGCGUUGAACAUUGAAAAAUUGGUGUUGAUUGAAGCUCUACUUAGGCUUUUGGCUCCUAAAAAAGAGUUUGGCUGAUGAUAAGCAGGGCCUACAAAAUUACAAAAAGCAUGUUGCUAUCUAUUGGAGAAGUUUUGUAGCUAGAAUUAAAAAUUACUCAUAUUGGCCCUAGUGAAUACUGCUAGCUUAAUUGAUCGUAUCAGCUGGUUUGACUAGCUGAUUAUAUUAGUCUCACUUGACUAUUUGAUUAUAUUAGUCUGAUUUGACUAUUUGAUUAUAUUAGUUUGUUUAUUUAGCUGAUUGUAUAAAAGUACGUGUUUGGUAAAUAAUUUUUAACUAAUAAUUGUUUGAAUGUGUGAAGUUACCAAUAAGCUCAUUGACAUUAAUGACAUACAUUAGUGUUGAGAA